GUAUUAUAUUUUUAUUUUUAUGUAAGAUUAGACCAUUACAAAUUAUAUCACUAAGAGGAGUUGAUGACACAAGUAGAGAGAGAAUGAGAGGUAGAGAGAGAGAGAGAGGGUGGGGAAGGAGAUCACAGGGUAGAUGGUUCGCACAGUCAUAUGAGAAAUUGAGAUUCCAGGAUAGGGGACGCCGUCAACAGAAUCCGGGUGUCUACGACAAGAGAAUAUACAACCAGGCAACGCCUUUUUUCUUCACAAAUUACCCAGAGGAUUGGUCGUUUGAGCAGAUGUGGCACACCUUCAAUAGUCUAGGCCUCGGACGGGUAUUAGAGAUUGAUUGCCCGGUGAAGAGAGACAGAUUGGGCAGACGGUUCGGGUUUGUUCGAUUCCUGGACGUGAAGAAUGAGGGUGAUCUGGGAAGAAGACUGAAUGAAAUCAGGAUAGGGAAUCAUCUAUUGCAAGCAAACAAGCCGAGGUUCAUGAAGGGGGAUCGAACAAAUUUGGAGACUGCUAGCAACCGCCACUUGAGUCGGAAAUGGAGCCAGCAUAGCACUAAGGGUGAUGGUAGCGGACCUUCAUAUGCUGAGGUAGUACAAGGUACUAUCAGAAAGGGGGGAGAAAGAUUCAUGAAUAGAAGUUGGGAAUGGAGAUCAGGGCAGAGGAAUGGAAGCAAUCAGCCCAGUAUCUAUGAAGGUCAGAAGAGGGAAUGGCAUCCAAAACAACAGCACCAGCACUGGUCGGGUAUAGAGAUGAAUAUCGAUCAGGAAGAUUAUGCAUGGCUGCAAAAGUGCUUUGUUGGUAAAGUGCACUCAGUUAACUUGAUCCCGAAUCUGCAAGAAAAAUUCUUUUUAGAAGGAGUUUUUUACUGCAAGAUCACACCUAUGGGAGGCAGAUUAGUUUUAUUAGAAGGCAAAGAUUAUGAGGAUUUGAAGGAGCUGGUGGAUAGGGGCAGAGAUUGGAUGGGACAGUGGUUUGAAGAGGUGAAACCAUGGUCCCCUUCCGCGGUUGCUACAGAGAGAUUCGCUUGGAUUCGAUGCCAGGGGCUACCAGCGCAUGCAUGGAAAUUAGAGACUUUUCAAACCUUUGGAAGGCUAUGGGGAAACUUGAUAUCUCUCGAUGACAGCACAAGCAGCAAGCGGAGAUUUGAUGCUGCAAGAUUCCUAAUCACCACAUCAUCCUCGGAGUCAAUUUCCAAGUCUAUCACUGUAAAGAUUAACGGAGAAUUUUUCACACUGAAAUUCACAGAAGAAGAGUCGACUAAUUCUCUGUUCUUAAUGAGAUCGGACAGGGUAUUCAACGCUCCAAAAGAAGAAGAAGAUGAAGAAAACAGCUCCUUAGAUAGUCAGUUUGAGUUAGAUUCUGUGAAAACUAUGGAACUGUUAGAGCAUGCUGACUGUCAGGCAUUCGACGAUGAGGACGGUGGAGAUAUGAAGAUCUCCGAGGAUGAACUGGUAAACCAGAAAGCUAUCGACGGAGACAGGGCGUUCUCGGAGGAUGAUCUGGCAACACAGUUCGAAGAGGGGGGAAACAGGAUCGAGGUGACAGUUCAUGAUGAUGAGGUGGCUAGCAACAGUGAGAAGUUGGAAGACUUCAGACGAAAGGUGGGUGUGAUAGCUUCUACUGAUACCGAGGUGGUUGAGGAAACAACGGGCAUGGGUGAAUUCAGAAAGGGAUUUCAAAAUUCAAAUUCAAACUCAAAAAAUCCAAGAAAGGGGGAUACAAGAAAGAUUUCGGAGGAUCCAGAAAAGACGGCUAAUAAAGCUGACCAUGGAAACUGGGAUAAUGACAGCCAAUUCAGCUCCAAUGCUGAGAAGGGUAACCUCGGCAACUCCAAUCAAAAAAGAAGAAACACAACAGAAGAAGAAAGCAGAAGUAACGGCCCAGAGGAAGAAAUUGAUAGAGUCCUAUAUGAUGGGCCUUCAACUAAAGCUAUGGGCCUUCAAGAGGGGAUGGGGCUGAAGGUGGUUGAACCACUUAAAUCCUCAAACAUAGGCCCAGCAGUGCAGGCGGUGAAAGCAAUUACCAGCCCAAAAAUAAAUAAUUGCCAGAUCACCUCUUCCUUUUGGGAUGACCUUGAUAGUGAGCCCGACAUUCCAGCACAUUGGAUGAACAUCAAGGAGGGGAAUGGCAGAAGAAAAAAGAAGAGAAGAGCGAAGUCCUGCGCCUCGGUCUACAGGAAAACAGGGGGUUUGGAAGGCAUUCUAGUUCAGCAAAAUUCGAAAGGACAGAGACAUGCAUCAGUGAAGACUAAGAAGGAGGUUCGGUUCGAAAAAAACUCAGAGAAGCCGGUUGCAGAUGACUCGAUCAACGACAGCAACAUCCAAAAUCGGAAUAGAAGCAUGGAUCUGAGAAGUAGAAAACGGAAUAUGGAAGCUUUAUGGUCCCGGGUCAAAGAGAUGGGGGUAUCGGCUCAAGGAGAAGAAUCAGUGGUGAUACAGAAAUUGAAUGAAAUGGAAAACAGAGACAAAGAAAAAUGGAGGAAGGAGAGAGAAAAGAAUCUCGGUAAAGGAGAUCAGGUUGAUGUUCUGUUUAUUCAAGAAUCUAAAUUGGAGUCUGUUGAUGAUAGAAUUUGUAGUAUGUUAUGGGGCUCAGAGAAAUUUGAGUGGGUAUCACAACCCGCGUCUGGAGCUUCUGGAGGAAUUGUAACUAUUUGGAAUCCUUGCGUCUUCAAGAAGACUAAUUGCUUUCAAGGGGCAGGUUUUUUGGGUGUAGAGGGGACUUGGGGAGAAGAAAAUAUUCCCUGUUUUCUGGUUAAUGUCUACUCUCCUUGCGAUUUGGCUAGUAAGAGAUCAUUAUGGGAGAAUUUGUCCAGUAUAAUAUCCUCUCAUAAAGGUAACUGGUGCAUUGCGGGGGAUUUCAAUGCCAUCCGAAGCCUUCAGGAAAGGAAAGGAGGUACUAGUGUCAGGAGGGAGAUCAGGGAGUUUAGUGAUUUCAUCGAGAUGAAUGGGUUGAUUGAUCUUCCUUUGAUAGGGAGAAAAUUUACCUGGUACCAACCGAAUGGACAUUGCAUGAGCCGGCUGGAUAGGUUUCUAUUCUCUGAGGAUUGGAUGCUGAAUUGGACAGACAUGAAGCAAUGGGGGUUACCUAGGUCUUUGUCAGAUCACUGUCCAAUUCUGGUGAGGGAAGAAACACGCAACUGGGGUCCCAAACCAUUCAAACUUUAUAAUGUGUGGCUUCAAGAUCCUGCGUUUAGGAAAAUGGUGGAAAUUCAGUGGAAUAACUCAAAUAUUCAAGGAUGGGGAGGUUUUGUGUUGAAAGAGAAGCUAAAAAGAUUGAAAGCUAGUGUGAAGGAAUGGGCACGGUCUCAAGUGCAAAUGGUGGAUAACCAAAUUGAGAAGGCAAAAGCCAAUUUAGCUGAACUUGAUAUUAAAGGGGAAACACAUCAGCUUAAUGAGUCGGAAUGCCUCCUCAAGAGAGACCUUAUGGUAACUCUAUGGGAAAACAUUCAAAUCAAAGAGGAAAUGGCAAAACAAAAAUCAAGGAUGAUAUGGAUGAAAGAAGGGGAUGCAAACACAAGCUUCUUCCACCGAUGUAUUAAAGGCAGAUGGAGAAGGAAUGAGAUUAACUCCUUAUCAGUCAGCGGGAAGGUGAUGCAUGAAGUCAACGAGUUGAAAGAAGGAGUAGCCAAUUACUUCAAAAAUCUUUUUGCAGAUGAUGGCUGGAAGAGGCCAGUUUUAGAUGGAGUGGGUUUUAAGCAUAUUUCAGAAGCUGAGAAGGAUCUCUUAACAGAACCAUUCCUUGAAUCAGAGGUCAAAGCGGCAGUUUGGAAUUGUGAUAGCGCAAAGGCUCCAGGCCCGGAUGGCUUCAGUUUUGGGUUCUUAAAAGCAGAAUGGGAAGUGAUCAAGGAGGACAUUCUAAAGUUUUUGGCAGAUUUCCAUAGUAACAGCAGGAUGGUGAGGGGCUCCAAUCCGUCAUUCCUGGUUCUGAUUCCAAAAAAGGAGAACCCCCAAGGAAUCAAGGAGUACAGACCUAUCUCCCUAAUAGGCUGUAUGUACAAAAUUCUUGCUAAAAUCUUAGCCAACAGAUUGAGUAAGGUCAUGGACGGACUCAUAGGUGACCAACAAUCAGCAUUCAUUGGUGGGAGACAACUAGUUGAUGGAGUAGUCAUUGCUAAUGAAACAAUUGACGAGAUCAGAAGGAAAAGAAUGAGAUGCUUCUUGUUUAAGGCUGAUUUUGAGAAGGCAUAUGACAAUAUCAGCUGGGAGUUUUUGGAUUACAUGCUGGAAAGAAUGAAUUUCGGGCCAAUUUGGAGGGGAUGGAUCCAAGAAUGCUUUCGAUCAAACUCGGUAUCAAUUUUGCUCAACGGUAGUCCAACAAAGGAGUUCGUUAUGCAAAGAGGACUAAGACAAGGUGAUCCCUUAGCUCCGUUUCUGUUUCUUAUUGUUGCGGAAGGGCUCAAUGGCAUUAUCUCGUCGGCUGUCACGAAAGGAUUAUUCGAAGGGGUACCAAUCGGAGGAGGGAGUAUUAAUAUAUCCCACUUACAGUUUGCAGAUGACACCUUGCUACUAGGAAUGGCAACAGAAGAUAACGUCUGGACCACAAAAUGCAUAAUGAGAGCCUUUGAACUUGUCUCCGGUUUGAAAAUAAAUUACGGGAAAAGCUCCUUGAUUGGAAUCAAUGUGGAUAAUGUAUGGGAAAAGGAAAUGGCUUGCCUAUUGAAUUGCAAAAUAGGGUCAUUGCCGUGUAAGUAUCUGGGUAUCCCUUUGGGAGCAGAUCCGAGAAGGAUUGUUACAUGGAAGCCACUUAUUGAAUCUUUUAAAAGAAAACUCUCAUCAUGGAAGGGGCGAUACCUAUCUUUUGGAGGACGAAUCACCCUCAUAAACUCAGUGCUAUCCAGUUUACCAGUGUUCCUAAUGUCCUUUUUCCUCCUACCAAAGAGUGUCAUAAAGGAGGUUGACAAAAUUAGGAGACAAUUCCUAUGGGGGGGAGAUGGGGAGAGGAAAAAAGUAGCAUGGGUAGCAUGGGCGAACACCUGCCUUAACAAGCUGGAAGGGGGUUUGGGCAUUAAAAAUCUGUCAUGCUUCAAUAAAUCAUUAUUAGGAAAAUGGUGGGGAAGAUUGCUUAUGGAGAAAGGGGGGCUGUGGAAGAGAGUCUUAGCUGAAAAAUAUGGGAUCAAGGAAGGAUAUUGGCUCACUUGUUUAAAGGAGGGCAGUCCGCAAGGCUCAAAAUGGUGGAGGGACGUUUGCAAAAUAGAUCAGAGGGAGGACACAAUGAAUAACUGGGUGAGUUUGGGUUUUGAAGCAAAAUUGGGGGACGGGGGAACCUUGAAAUUCUGGUCGGAUGUAUGGGUAGGAGGGAGUGCACUCUCUAUCAAAUUCCCUCGUUUAUUUUUGUUAACCACAGACCAAAAUGCAACUGUUAAAGAUAUGGGUUCCUGGAGGAACAGCAGCUGGUAUUGGGAAUUACCAUGGAAGCGUCAACUUCGCUCAUGGGAGGAGGAUCUAGAAAAAGAGCUUCUCGAGAUAAUUAAUACUGCUCACCCCUCACAGAACAAAGAAGACCAGUGGAGAUGGCUUCUAGAAACCUCAGGAAAUUACACAACUAAGUCUGCGUAUUCUCAUCUCUCAAAGGGCGUUUCAAGGCACGCAGGGGAUUUCAAAAGGGUAUGGAAAGCACCCAUUCCACCUAAAGUAAGUGCAUUCUGUUGGCAAUUACUUCAUAGGAAAUUACCCACAAAAGAUAAUCUAGCAUCUCGCGGAAUUUUAACUGAUAUAACAAGUUUAAAUUGUUGCUGGUGUGAUACAUGUCCCGAGUCCCCUGACCACAUUUUUUUACAUUGUAACCUGGCUUACUCCUUGUGGAUGGAAUGUUACAAGUGGUGGGGAGUACAAUAUGUUAUGAGUAAUUCGUGCAGAAUGGUUUUAGACCAACAUAAAUGGACUGGGGACAACAAAUUAAUAGAUAGAGGGUGGAAUAUCAUUUGGUUUGCAGUGAUAUGGACUCUAUGGCUGGGAAGGAACGACUGGAUUUUCAACAAAAAGGAGGUAAAGGCUGACUAUCUAUUUGAGCUAGUUCAAAUUCGAUCUUUCUACUGGGUUAAGAAUAUAGCAGGACUGGACGGAUUCUCCUUGCAAGCUUGGUGCGAGAACCCAUCCAAUUGUUUAAAGACCACCAACAAACGGAAAGACAGGGUCUGAACUAGUUUUUUUUUUUGGUUCUUGGAAUGUAUCUGCAUUGAUAUAGUAGGCGGCAGGAUAAUUUUU